CGCGGUCGGUCGUGCCCCAGCUCGGGGCUCGCUGCGGGCGGAGGGGCCGCGCUGAGGGCCAGGGGGGUUCUGGCGAGUUCCUUGUGCCGGGUUCCGCCGUCCACAGGCAGGGAGCCAGAGCGGCUGUGCCGCCCGGAGCUGGGCUGCAGCGGCUGCAGAGCCACAGGGGCCGGGGCUGCGGGGAGCGCAGAGCUCCCGGAGGCUGCGCUUGUCUCCGCAGCUGCUGCCGCAGCUCUGGGAGCGGGGACAGCGCAGCCAGAGCCGGCACCGCCCUGCUGAGCCUCGGUGUGCCGCGGGGCCGGGACCAGCAGUGACCGCGCAUCGUGUCCCUUUCAGGGUGUAAAGCUGUUCCCGAGGCGAUCUCCGAGAGGCUUUGUCAGCACUCCUGAUGUGUCGGGAGGAAGGUGCUGUUUGUUCCUGGCAGAGAGUUGAGGGGAGUGAAUUCUGCUCUGUUCAUGAGCUUGAGAAGGCACCAAUGGAGAAUGGAACAGCAAUCGGCAAUGUACUGAAAAGGAACCUCAGAACAUUCCCUGGUGAAUGGUUCAGCUCCCGUCCCGUGCUCACGGCGGUGCUGAUUCUGCUGCUCCUGGUGCUGGUGCUGGCUUUGGGUGUGGCCUUGGCUGUGCAGUCAGCACCACAGGUUCCAGUCACACCUGCGACUCCACAGUUGGUUCUGGGCUGUCCCCAUGGCUGGGUUGGGUCCAAUGGGGUCUGCUACUACUUGUCAAGGGAUUACAGGAGCUGGGAGCAGGCUCAGGAACGUUGCUCCGAGCUCGGGGCCUCCCUGGCCAUUCUCAAGGAUGAGGCCAUGGAUUUGCUCUUCCGCCUCCGCGGGAACGUGGAUUACUGGAUCGGGCUGCGCAGACGGGGCGAGCGCCUGCACUGGGGGGACGGCAGCAGCUACAGCUCCAGGGUUCCUGUCUUUGGCAGUUCCCAGUGUGCGUACCUGGCUGAGAACAGAUUCAGGAGUGAGAACUGCUCAAACGAGCGGCCGUAUGUCUGCAGCAAGGCCCAAGCUGCCCUGUGACAGGGCUGCAGAAAGGACCUUGUCCACGCUGGGCAGUGCCAGCUCCAGCUCUGAGCCCAGCACAGCGCUGUCCUUCCUCAGCUGCACCCUGUGCCUUGCACUGACUCUCAGGGUCACCUCAGUGCCUGUUCAUCCCCAGUGCCAGCGCUGGCCUGGGUGCUCAGGGGAAAAGUCUCUGCUGUACAUCCUGCCACUGGUGCUGCCUGCAGUGAGUGGAUUGUCCUCAUUAUUUGUGAGAAACACGGUUCUCUAUUAAAAAUUUUUAUAUUUCUUUAUUAAGGGAUAAAAGGGAUAAAAUCCCACUUUGGUAUGAUUGGUUAUUUGAACAGAGUGAACUUAAAUUAUAUUCUCUUUAGACACUAUAGAGUGUCUUCCUGCCAUCUUGUCUAUUAAACUAAGAUUUUUUUUUUGUCUUGUGGUUCUAUUUUGUACAUUUUCAUUCCCUGAUAACGAGGGCCUGUAAAUUCCUCUUUUUUCUUUUUUUUUUCCCUCUGUCUUCUCUUUCCAAGAUCUUGUCUUUCAGAUAAAAUAGUCCCUGAAUGUGGGAACUCCCUUAAUUAUUUUACACCUUUUUCUGAGUUAGUUACAUUAAAAAAAUAAUUUCAACA